AUGGAGUUUGCUCCACAGCAGGCGUGGUGGACGUGGGUGAAGACGGCAAUCGGAGGACGAAAACGGAUUACCUGUCUAGAGCUGCCUCUAAUCCAGCAUACUAAGUUAUCUGAUGUAGACAAGCUUUCUUCUUUAUUGAGCAACAGUUCAUUUGACUGGAUCAUCAUAACUUCACCUGAAGCUGGCUUGGUUUUUCUUGAUGCUUGGAAAGCUGCAGGUACACCAAAAGUUACUGUUGGAGUUGUUGGAGCUGGUACCGCAUGUGUUUUUGAAAAAAUUCAGCCGUCUCUGAGAAAAAGCCUGAACGUGGCUUUUGCGCCAUCAAAAGCUAUUGGCAAGGUUUUGGCAGUUGAGCUACCGGAUAAUGGAAAUCCAAGGUGCAGAGUUUUGUACCCUGCUUCAGCAAAAGCUAGCAAUGAGAUUGGUAAGCUCUGA